AUGUGCCUCUUUGUCUACGGUUCUUCAGUAUGCAAUGAGACCUACUUUGGAGAAAACUGUCAAAACAAGUGUCCCGUUUUCUGCCAUGAAAAUAAAUGUGAUCGAUUUAACGGAAGUUGCUUCGAGUGUAGACCAGGCUACAGAGGAGACAAGUGUGAUAAAAGUAAGCAUAGUAGAUUUUCGGAUACUUUUAGAUACAUUUUAAGUUUGUUACUCUCUAACAUUGUACUGUUUUUCAAACAAACGUUUUUUUUUUUGCCGUUAAUCACUCCGUGUAUAAAUCAUGACUUACGACGCAGGUAUUUACAUUGUUUUCAUUUAGAAUGUGGUCCGAAGUUUUAUGGAAAAAGCUGUAAAGUCAAAUGUAGCUCUGAAUGUUUUAAUCAAGAAUGUGAUCAUGUAAAGGGAACAUGUCAAGUGUGUCCACCAGGAAAACGAGGAGAUUUUUGUGACAAAGGUAAAUCGUUAGUUGCGCAAAUCACUGCAAACCUAUAAUGUGAGCCUGGCGAAUUUUCAAUAAAUAGUAAUACUACACACCGGAAUAAGACAUUUAAGACUAACAAUGUCAUCUUAUUUAACACUCAAAAAAUGAUUUAUAGAAUCUCAAAAAUCAUUAUUGUUAUUUUUUUCAAAAGAAAUUUAAGUCAUCCUGGACUCUUUUAAAUAUUUAUAUUUAACAACUUAUUUCUUAGUGAAGUUACUUCUGGCGAUGCUACAUUUUUUUACAUAUCCCAAUAUGAUGUUUUAUAUUCCCGAAAAUAAAUGUAAAGUGAAACGUGUCAUUUAUCAAAUUUCCCCAAAAAAUGUUUCUGUUAAUUUACGAACAAAUAAGGAACAUGUCACACGUUUUUGAACUACAUUGAUAGACACAAAGGAAAUAAUGCAUGAAAUUGUCUUACAUUUUGGGAAAGUAUUACUAUAUUUACCUUUCUCAUGAACAAUUAUCAUAUUUAAAACAUUGUGAGGAAGCUACUAGUAAAGUAAUAUAUCGAUUUUCUUACAAUUUUUUAAGAAGUAGAAUAGCAUUAAGAGCAUUGAUGUUACCAAAGAAUGUGUAGAACUCGAGUUUCUAUUGAUAGUGUUUUUUUUAAAAUCCAAACACAGAAUGUAAGAAAGGCUUUUUCGGCGAUGGUUGUAAGACUCAGUGUUCCAUCAACUGUGAUGGAAGUGAUGGCUGUGAUCCAACCAAUGGCAAAUGUUUAAAGGGUUGUGUUCAUGGCUAUCAAGGAGCUACUUGCAACGAAAGU